AGAUUGUAGGCCUAUAUUUCGUAGGUUUGUCAUUAUAUUCCUUUAUUUGAGAGUAUAAACAUGGAGGUGAAACUUCUAUUUGGGUGUUUUGUGCUUGCAACAUUAUGUCAUCUUGGAGACUCGUGUUCAUGUUUACCAGCCAGUAUCCAGAAAAAAUAUUGUGAUUCUGACUUUGUGAUGAAAGUGCGGGUGAAAAGUACGUUGCAAAACCCAAGCGGACAACAAGAUUUUAACGACUACUAUAAAAUAAAAAUAUUAGGAAGCCCUUGGAAGUUUGUCGAUAAGAAAGAUGUUGUUGAUUUAAAACGCGUGUACACUGCAAGUAAUGGUGCUAUGUGCGGAGUAUACCUUCAGAAAGGAAAGAAGUAUCUUAUCUCAGGUAGUGUGGGUGGAGACAAAAUGAGGAUAAACCUAUGUGGAUCGAUCGUAGAAAAAACGAGAUUGUCAUCAUCUACAAAGAAAUUGAAAUCGCGUCCACCAAACUGCGCUGUUAUUUCAGGCCCGACAAAGAUAAGGAGGGCAAGAAGAACAGCAUAGAUAAUUCCUUCGGCAUUAUAUCAUGUACAUUUAUUUGAUCUAAUAAAUCAGUACAUUAAAGA